UGUGAACAGGACUUCCACGGUCUGACUGGAAACUUACAAAUAUACAGAUUGGCCAGGACAGCAGCCCAACCACCUCUGACUUCUGGAGCUCCAGCCUGCUGGCUUAGCUUCAGAAAAUGGACCUGAGAGUAACAAGCAUUCUUCUUCUUCUUGUGGUACUGGCUGAGGCCACCCCUGACAGAUACUAUCAUGUGAAGAAACAGUCUUAUCCUACAAAAUCUCACACGGUUGCUGGUGAACCUGGUAUUCCAGGUGCCCCAGGUGAACCUGGCCACCCCGGUCUACCUGGCCCACCAGGAAUUCCUGGAAAGAAUGGAGUUGGACACCCUGGUUCAAUUGGUCCACCUGGACCACCAGGUCCAGCAGGCUACUCCUCACCAGGUAAACCUGGAAGCCCAGGUUCACCUGGAAAACCAGGCACACCUGGAUUUCCAGGCGAUAAGGGACAUCCAGGGCCUGCAGGACCUCAAGGUGCAAGAGGAGCGCCAGGAUCACCUGGAAGCCCUGGACCUGCUGGCAUUUCUUCUCCUGGAAAGUCUGGACCACACGGUCUUCCAGGAGCAAUGGGCCCACGUGGAGAACCUGGCCUAAAGGGUCAUCCUGGAAUUUCUGGACUGCCAGGCCAGAAAGGAGAACCUGGCCACGGCAUCCCAGGAGCACCUGGUGGCCCAGGUUCAAUGGGCCCUCAGGGGCAUCCUGGUCAGCCAGGUCAGCCUGGAAUUGGAAAACCUGGACCAAGUGGAUUUCCUGGAGAGCCUGGAAAGCCAGGAAUGCCAGGUAGGGAUGGGUCACCAGGUUCUAUGGGCAUAACAGGCCCAAAGGGUCAUACAGGGGCACCUGGAAUAGGAGCACCAGGAAAACCAGGCCAGAAUGGCGCUCCAGGUAUGCCUGGGUCAAUGGGACAAAAAGGUCCUCAAGGACCAGCAGGACAGCCGGGCGCUCCAGGUCUGCCAGGUACUGGCAAACCUGGAUCACCUGGACUUCCAGGAGAAAGGGGAGUGUCUGGAACCUCAGGUACAACAGGCCAAAAGGGAGAACCAGGGCCAAUGGGUCAUACAGGUCAUCCAGGUGCUAUUGGCCCAAUAGGUCCAUCAGGUCCUCAGGGUGCUAGGGGAUUCCAGGGAGAACACGGUCCACAGGGAGCUAAAGGUGAUAUUGGUUUGGUUGGAGCUCCAGGCUCAAGAGGGGCAAAGGGUGAGCAAGGUGCACAAGGCUUCUCAGGAACAUCUGGUGUUCCAGGUGCAGCAGGUCCACCAGGUCCAAUAGGUCAUAUGGGGCAUCAGGGUCCCAAGGGUGAACCAGGAUUUACCGGUGCACCAGGCAUCCCAGGUAGCAAGGGGCCACCAGGAGAAAAGGGACAUCCAGGAUUUCAAGGGCCAUCAGGUGCAAGGGGUGAAAAUGGCAUCCCUGGAGCAAGAGGACCAACAGGCCCAGUAGGACCUGCUGGUCCAUCAGGGCUUAAGGGUCAUCCAGGACUUCCAGGCCCCCCUGGCCCAGCAGGGCUCACAGCCAAGGGAAUUUCUGGACCUCAGGGUCCUCCUGGAAAUCCUGGUGCCAGAGGUCAUGAUGGUCUCCCAGGUCAACCAGGACCUCCUGGGCCACCUGGACCCCCCGGCGAGAUUGUUUAUCACCACGAAAAAAGCAUGCCAAUUAAAUCCCAUGAGAUGGUAAUGCCUGUUAGUCACGAGCUGAUGAAGGCACCCAUGUCAGCAUUCACAGCUCUUCUUACCACAGCUUAUCCUAAUGGUGGAACACCAAUUGUAUUCAACCAGGUUGUUUACAACGGAGAGAACCACUAUGAUCCUAACACUGGCAUAUUCACCUGUCAGGUUCCAGGACUUUACUACUUUUCUUUCCAUAUGCAUGUCAAUGGAGCAAAUGCAUUGGUAGCACUUUACAAAAACAGAGAGCCAGUCAUGUUCUCGUAUGAUGAGUACAACAAAGGUUUCCUUGACCAGAUGUCUGGCAGUACUGUCCUCAUGCUGCAAUCCCACGACACAGUGUACAUCCAGGUUCCAGAUGACCAGUCCAAUGGCAUUUAUGCUGAUGAUAAUGUUCACUGUUCUUUCUCUGGCUUUUUGAUUGCCUCAACGUGAUAAACACACUUGAGAAAACCUCAAUCUUUCUAUUUCAAAAAUGGUCUGCCUUCAUACUCAUUUUCUCAUUGCCCCAAGAGUCAUGCAGAAUGAAAAAGGAUGACUAAUUUAGAAAACCUGUCUGUAGCCUUGUUGAUUUACAUAAGACCUAUUUGUAUGGAAAUAUUUUGAUAAUCUCAAUUAUUAUGGAAAACUAAGAAACAUUAUCCAAGAAAUUAGACAACAGACCUGUUGCAUUUGCCUAAAACCUGAACUGAUGGUUAUGUAUUAAAAUGGUGCUACGCGUUUGCCUUUUUCCUGUGCUCACAUUUUAACAAAAGGUUCCUGUGUUUAGUAUGCUUAGAAGAGACAUUAAGUAAGCCAGGUUUUUAAAUAAAUGGAUUUCAAAGUGAAUAAUAAUAAUAAUAAUAAUAAUAGUAUGUUUUUUGUUCAUUUAACUCUGUAAUAUCUCACAAGGUGUGCAUUAUAAUAACCAACACAAAUAAAGUUUUAGUGCCAGUGCUGCUGUUUGUUUAUGACUGUGGUAAAAGGUUAAUAUUUUCCAAAGGGAAGUGCUCAGUACAAAGACCUUUACUUUUUCAUCCUGAAAGAUAUCUUACCCUGACUUCAAACUUUGUAAUCAUCUUAGGCUAACUAAUAAUAAACAUUCAAAAUAUUAUGUAGAUAGGUCAAAGACUGUGUCCUGUCCCAGUUUGAUAAACAAUCAUUGGAUUUUUACAGCCAUUAUAUAAUAUCAGAAUUAAAAUACACUUUGAAAUG